AUGUCUUCAGACUCUUCUCCCUCACUGUUCUCAAAUUCUGUCAAUGAUUCAGAGAAUAUCGGCCCAAAUGAGAACCUUAAUACGGUGACAGAUACCUCUUCACUUCCAGACUGUUUGAAAAAUAUUUCUCAUGGAGCUGUCCUUCUCGAUUUACUGGAUCCUCAAACUCUGGAAUCUCAAACAGUCUGUAAAAUUUGUGGAGGCUAUGCCAGGGGAGUUAAUUACGGAGUACUUUCGUGCGAUAAUUGUAGGGCGUUCUUCAGUCAUUACUUACACCGAAAAAAGGAGUUGAAAUGCCGUAAGAAUAACAAUUGUGUGAUCGAUAAGUUUACAAGUAACAAGUGCGGAAAAUGCAGAAUGGAGAAGUGUCUGCGGAUGGGGAUGAGCUAUAACCUGAAAAAUAUAAGGAAUAAUUCGACUUGUAAGAAAAAUGCAUUGGUUUUGGCUCAGAUUCAUAAAACUUGUAAAGUCUGUGGAGAUGUUCCCGUAGGAAUCGGCUAUGGAGUGUUAUCGUGCGGUAGCUGCAGGAUGUUCUUCCGUAGACAUAAUGGGACAGAUGUACAUUUAUCUUGUAAUAAGGAAGGAAAAUGUGAUUUACGACUGAAGUUUGCAAAAUGUCCAAAGUGCCGAAUGAGAAAGUGUCUAGAAGUGGGAAUGAACACAAAUUCAUUUGUUAAACGACAAGGUAACCUGAAAGUAUUCAAUUUGAAAAUCGAAGCUGACUUAGCACCAAAGUACGAUAAGGCUAUCAACGAAAUAGUCCAAAGUUUUGAAUUAAGUUGUACUUACAAGAAGGAAGAUAUCGAAAAUUUGGCAAAAAGUAACUUUGAUUUGACCCGCUUCAAAGACCCAUUGAUUAAUCGAAUCAAUGCGUGGCAAGUCUAUGCUCCAAUAAUAGAUUUCGAGAAUCAUCAGACUGGACUCUUUGUCAACCGCUUGCCAUCAAUCGACUCUUUCGAAAUAAGCGAUAAGGCUAUUCUGUUCAAACGGAGCAGUUUCUUGAUGUUUAUACUCAGAAACAUCACCAAGUUCAGUUCGGAUGGAUUCAUGCUUCCAUCGAAACGACACAUUCCAUUCAGGACAAUGAAAACGGUCUAUGGGGAUCUAAUGAAUGAAAUUAUUUUGGUUUCCUCAGAUUUUAAAUCGAUGCAGUUGAACCAUCAGGAACUCUCACUAUUCACCGCAUUCAUUUUCCUUCGUCCGAUUACAAGAGGUUCUCAAGACUGGCAAAUAUUCAUUGGUGACUCCACACUGAAGGGAGUUCGUGACUAUUACAGAACAUUGCUCUACCAACUAAUGGCGGAACGAGAAAACACACAAAAAAUAAUUUCCGAUCUUGCGACAAUGACCUUAAAACUUUAUGAUCUUAAUAAAAUCCACAAUGAGACGAUUUCCUUCUUACAAACUAAUUCCAAGUUUAUGAAUUUACCUCCAUUUCUGUGUGAAGUGUACGAUAUUUUGAAACAAGGAGCUAAGGACGACAAUCUAAACUCGGAAAUUCCUAGGGAUGUGUGCCAUGAUGUGACCGAAUCACCUAUUACCCCACGAGCUUCUCUUAUACAACCUGAAAAAGUUGUAAAUUCACUGGUACAAAAUGUUGUGAAGCUCAAAUCGAACAAAAGGGGAAAUAAGCCGAAUCAAGCUAGAAUCUCCUACCAGCAUUUAUAUCGUUCUGCCAAUUCCAAGAACAUAAAGAAAGCUGCUGAAUUGAAGGUACCGGACGACUCCAGUGAUUUCAGUGACCAGCCAGAAGUUAUCAAGUUAAGUAACCCUGCGGCAAGCCAACAACAAGUUACGGAAACAAAUAUGGAGUCAAUUGAUCAAAUUGAAGAAGAGAUGACUCUUGACUAUAUUUGUGACGAUUUGAUACCUCAUUUCGAUGAAAUGGACUACUCGAAGUAUUUGGAACUGGAUCCCGGAGUAUGGUAUUCUGGAAUUGUCAACGAAUUUUCGUUAGGCGAAGAUGAAGGAAUGGAGACUAGAGGCGCAACUCCGGAAAAUAUCUUAUAA